CCCGGGCAGAGCAAACGCAGCAGCCUAUCAUUCACACCACACAGCCCCAGGCGGAAGUUCUAUCAGCGAACAGCCUCAACGAACUAACAAACCCAGCCAUGCGCAUAGAGAAUGCUGCAGUCUCUGCCACAUGCCCUUCUUCUGGGCCGGGCACUCACACGGAGGUACCUCUCCAAUGCCAGCCAUAUACCCGGGGAUUUUUCCAAGAACCGGAAGCACCCCGGGCCAACGACCCUCAAAAUAGGAUCCAUGGCACAACGACACGA